AUGUUUUCUUUUUUCUCUACAAAAUUUCUUUCAUUCCAGGCUUUGGCAUUUAGCUUUGACUUUCUUUAUUCAAAAAGAAUCUUUCUCUUUUUCGAGUUCUCGGCAUCUCGAGUUUGGGUAUUUAUUUAUUUAUUUCUACAAUUCUUUUUUAUUUCUUCUGUUUGUGGCCAUCGGUUUUUCCUUUUAACACUUUUUUUUUUCUGUCUUGAAAUCUUUUUUCUUCUUCCUUUUCCUUAUUAUUUCUUUCUUUUUCCUUUUCCUGAUUCUUUCUUUCUUUUUCCAUUUCCUUAUUAUUUCUUUCUUUUUUCUAUUCCUUAUUCUUUCUUUCUUUUUUCGUUUUCCUUAUUAUUUCUUUCUUUUUCCUUUUCCUUAUUAUUUCUUUCUUUUUUCUCUUCCUUAUUCUUUCUUUCUUUUUUCGUUUUCCUUAUUCUUUCUUUUUUCUAUUCCUCAUUAUUUCUUUCUUUUUCCUUUUCCUCAUUAUUUCUUUCCUUUUUUGUUUUCCUUAUUAUUUCUUUCUUUUUUCUCUUCCUUAUUCUUUCUUUCUUUUUUCUAUUCUUUAUUCUUUCUUUCUUUUUCGUUUCCUUUUCCUCAUUAUUUCUUUCCUUUUUUGUUUUCCUUAUUAUUUCUUUCCUUUUUCGUUUUCCUUAUUCUUUCUUUCUUUUUUCUAUUCUUUAUUCUUUCUUUCUUUUUUCUAUUCCUCAUUCUUUCUUUCUUUUUUCGUUUUCCUUAUUAUUUCUUUCUUUUUUGUGUGCCUUAUUCUUUCUUUCCUUUUUCGUUUUCCUUAUUCUUUCUUUCUUUCUUUUUCCAUUUCCUUAUUAUUUCUUUCUUUCUUUUUCCAUUUCCUUAUUAUUUCUUUCUUUUUCCUUUUUUCUUGUACUUUUUCUUCCUUAUUGUUUUUUUAAUACCCUUUUUCUUUUGACUUCCUUUCUCUUCAAGAUCUUCUUCUUCGUCUGUCACUUAUUUCACUUCCAGGCAUCAGUUUACGAUUUAAGAUCUAUCAAAGUACGAUAUUUUCAGUUUCUCAUCAUUUUCUUUGCCUUGAUUUUUCUGAACCUUUUUCCUUCGACCAAGUCCGUUACCUUCAUCCUUUUAACCUCACCUCAUCAUGUUUUCACUUUCAAGCUUCAUUUCUUCGUCCUUUCUCUCUCAGCCAACUUACUUUUCUUUUCCUUGACGUACACUUUCCCCCUUUUCAUAGGUUUUCUGAACCUAUCUAUCUAUCUAUCUAUCUAUCUAUCUAUCUAUCUAUCUAUCUAUCUAUGUCUUUUCGUAUCUAUCUAUCUAUCUAUCUAUCUAUCUAUCUAUCUAUCUAUCUAUCACUGUUCGUAUCUAUCUAUCUAUCUAUCUAUUAAAGUUUGCUUCUAUCAAUCUAUCUAUUACUGUCUGUUCAUAUCUAUCUAUCUGUCACUGUCUGUUCGUAUCUAUCUAUCUAUCUAUCUAUCUAUCUAUCUAUCUAUCUAUCUAUUAAAGUUUGCUUCAAUCUAUCUAUCUAUUACUGUCUGUUCAUAUCUAUCUAUCUAUCUAUCUAUCUAUUAG